AGAGUUUGCUAGUAGACGAGGCAGAGCCUAGCUUAGUCUAGCCUUACUGCUACAAAGAUGGCAACAUCACAUCCUCUCCCAGAAGGUUUCUCUGAACUUGAAGUAUUUGGUUUCGGCACGGUGAUGAUGGCCGAAGCAUUGCUUGGAUUCUCUCUGAAUAUGUUGACCAUUGUCUCUUUCUGGAAAAUCAGAGAACUUAGAACACCUGGUAACUUUUUGGUUCUCAACCUUGCAUUGUCCGAUUGUGGAAUCUGCAUCAACGCAUUCAUUGCAGCUUUCUCUAGUUUCUUAAGAAUCCAUAGAUAUUGGCCCUAUGGCUCAGAUGGUUGUCAGAUCCAUGGGUUUCAAGGCUUUUUGACAGCACUGACUAGCAUUAGCUCUGCUGCUGCGGUUGCCUGGGACCGAUAUCAUCAGUACUGCUCUAGAAGUAAGCUGCAGUGGAGUUCAGUCAUCUCCAUGGCGAUCUUCAUCUGGCUUUUUGCAGGCUUUUGGUCUGCGAUGCCACUUCUGGGAUGGGGUGAAUAUGACUAUGAGCCCCUAAGGACAUGCUGCACGUUGGACUAUACCAAAGGAGACCGAAAUUAUAUCACUUACCUUAUUCCCCUGGCUCUUUUCAAUUUUGUGAUCCCAGUUUUCAUCAUGCUGACAGCCUACCAAUCCAUAGAUCACAAAUUCAAGAAAACGGGACAAUUCAGGUUUAAUACUGGCUUGCCUGUGAAAUCGUUGGUCAUUUGCUGGGGUCCCUACUCACUUUUAUGCUUCUACGCUGCACUUGAAAAUGUGACUUUCAUCUCACCCAAAAUCCUAAUGAUUCCUGCUGUUAUUGCUAAGACCUCGCCAGCAAUGAACGCCUUGGUCUACGCCCUGGGAAAUGAGAACUACCGAGGGGGGAUAUGGCAAUUUCUCACAGGGCAGAAGAUCGAGAAAGCUGAAGUUGAUAACAAAACUAAGUAAUACCUUACAGCAUUAAGCUAAAAGGGCCUCUUCACACAUUACAAUCUUUCAGUUAGUUGAGGGUUUUAUAAAGUGUGCACUUAAAAAAUGUAAAGUGUGAAGGUGA